CCCCCGCCGCCUUCCGUGGCUCCGUGGAGGGACGGGAGCGGGUACCGCGGCGAGGAGGGCGAGGGUGGCGGCGGCGGCGGCGGGGAGAGGGCGGGAGCGUGCACCGAGCGGCUCUCUGCGCCUGCGUUGGUCGUGCUGACCGCGGGGGCGGGGCACUUGGACGUGCUCGCGGUGACUGCAGACGACGUCGAGGAGCUGUCCGGCUUCCUCUCCUCGGUCGGAAUGCCCUCCUGGGUCGGCGCGAGCCUCGGCAGCCAAGGGUUGCGGCUACCGCUGCUGCAGUCGCUGCCGAUGCUGCAGAUCGUCGCGGCGGCCAAGCGCGCCGGCCUCGCCCUUGGCUUGCGUGAGCGGCUCAAGCACGCGGUCCGGUGCACGUUUGGCGUGCCGCUCGCGCCGCCGACGCUGCCGCGGUCGCCGCCGGCCGCCGAGCGAGCCCGCCGCCGCGUGUUUGCGCUGCCACGGCCCGUGUCGAUGGUGGUGCUCCUCUCGCCCGGACUGCCUUGCCGGCUCGAGCCCAGCCUCUCCGCCGCGGCGGUGUGCUGGCGGCGAGCAGGGGACGUGGUCGUCGCCGUCGCGACGUGCGAGGGCUGGCUCGAGCUGCUCGCGGGCGGCGGCGGCGGCGCCCGCCGUGGCGGCGGCCGUCGGUUCUGGGUGCUGCAGGAGGGGGCACGCGCCGGGCAGCCUGGCCCGCUGCUCCGCGCUCUCAGCGCCGGCGACGUCACUUCGGGAGGGCGGUGCAUGGGCGCCGCGCGCUCUGACGCCGACUCGGCGCUGCUCGCGCGUAACCAGGCCCUCGCCGCGGCGAGGUCGUCGCCGCUCGUGGCCGCGGCCGCGCCAUCGGCAGCUGCCUCCCAGGCAGAGGCUCUGCCGGCAGAGGCGCCGCGCUGGUCGACGCUCGAGGAGGGCGGGCAGCUGCGGCGCGAGCGCGAGCUGCAGAUGCUGCUCUCGCUCGCGCAGCUCUCAGAGGCGCCGAGCUGCCUCGAGGCGCUGCUCUCCGCCGGUGCGUCGGUCGAGACGUUGCGGUCUUCGUCGAUCGAGGGCGUGCACGCGAUCGCGCGGAGGGCGGGGCUGCCAGUCGGGCAGCGCGCACGCCUCACAAACGCAGUCCGGUCGCACCUCCACCGCGAGCCAGCCGCACCGCAGGAUCGGCAGGAGACGAAGAACGGGGAUCGUUUGGAGUUGCGUGACGUGUAGUGUGUGUCUCUCUCGCACGCGUGUGGCCCCGUGUCGUCCCUCGGUCUCGCACGGUGUCGCGCCACUGUCGGCUGUCGGCUGUCGCCGUGAAUUCCGUCUCUUACUCUUUCUUGC